GAUGCACCCAGCGCUGCUCCACUGGGACCGACGGGAGCCCCGGCGCUCGGGUCGAUCCCAUCUGUUCCAAACUUCGUCAGCGCCACAGCUGCCUUCGGUCACGGCGGCAGCAGAUUACCUCAGACUCCCACGCCUCGCGCCAGCAGUGCAUCAGAGAGAAGCCCGGCACCUUGGUGAGCAGCUGCGCCCACAGGGCUGGAUGGCAUCAGACAUCAUCGUUGCAGAGAUGGAGAAUCGCCUCUCCAUUGCGGAUGCGCUGCACAAGGCCACACAGGUGUCUCCACUCGAAAGGCAGAGGUGGGCGGCUAAGCCCAAGACUCCUCCAGCACCCGUGUCGGUACCAACCGCAGCAAGAGCACUGGGACCCUGCGGUCCAGGCUGGGGUGGCGUGGCAAGCACCAAACUUCCUUCGCAUCCAGGAUACCUGCCGCCGUGGAUCUCGAACGAGACUUGGGACACGGUACAGCAGGUUGCGUCGCGCGCUGCCACGAAGCGCAUCGUGGGCAAACCUUGGAGGCCAAAGGUGCCGAAGUGGUGA